AUGAUAGAAGAAGAUCUUUAUAGAUCAGGGCAACCAAACGAAUUGAAUUUCCCUUUUUUGGAGAAGCUGGGUUUAAAAACUGUGGUUUGGUUAGCUCCUGAAGAGCCAAAUCAAAGAUUCUUGAAUUUCAUCGAUGAUCAAGAUAUCCAAUGGCAUCAUCUUGGUGUAAUAUCUUCAGUAAAUGCGUUGGAUCCAAUUACCGAAGAAGUUGUAUUAGCAGCAUUAGAAAUUAUUUUAAAUCCUCGUAGUUAUCCAAUGAUUGUAAUGUGUAACUUGGGAAGGCAUAGAACGGGAUGUCUUCGUAAACUACAAAGAUGGAAUUUAACUUCAAUAUUUGAAGAAUAUCGUCGUUAUGCAGGAUCAAAAGUUAGAGUAUUAAAUGAACAAUUCAUUGAAUUAUUUGACACAGAUUUGGUUAGAGUUCCUGUUAAUAGGCCAAAGUGGUUAUAA